AUGAAAAAGCAGUUUCUUCUGUUUCACCAGCUGCCGCCCCCUUGCGGGUACUGGCAAGCCGCCUCGGCGGUGCUUCGGCGGUAUCUGGCGGCGUACUAUCCAAGCGCAUUCGAAGCCAGUCGCAGGACCGACCGUAGGCGAGAUGAGAGGGAAGUGAACGACAAACAGAAAGAGAGGGAGGUGACGGAAGCGCAGUUGCCGGGUGCAGGCGAGAGGCUCCCGACUUCUGGAAAGAGAGACCGGGGCUUAAGUCCGCGCGACCUAACUCAGCUUCUUGUCGAUCUCCAGGUGGAAAUGCGUCUAGGGCAGACGAUGGCACCGAACGGCAGUGCUUCGAAUGGUGGAGUAACAAACAGUGGAUGCCAACACGAAGAAAAGUGCCAGGGCGAAGAGACAGCGCGUCCACCACCGUCUUUGCCGUUCUUCAAGCCGCAGUUUUACAGCAAAGUAGAGGCCCUCUUCAAGCGCCUCCCGCCGGCAGUUCGUGAGCCCUUCCUCAUCCGCGCGCUUCCUAGAAUGAUGCUUCUGUCUCUCGAAGCCCCGCGCAUCUUCCCUUCUGCCUCAGUAUCCUCUUCGUCUGUCGGUGGCUCAAUACCACGUGACCUCCCUUUGCUCAGUCUGGCGACCAGUGAGAAGCAUUGCAGUGCCUUUUCAUGCUUCUGUCUUGAAGAGGGGACAGGGCAGAGAGAGGGCGGAGAAAGUCCAGAGCCUGCAGCGGUAGAGUUAACCGCGGGCGAGGGCUUGGCUCUGCUUUCUCUCGCCUUCUUCUCCAUUCUUCCCCCUCCAAACCUCCAGCCAGUUCGUCAGCUGCCCGAUCCAAACUUCAUGUCUCUCUUCGAACACGCUGGUAACGAUCAGUUGAACAAGCUGCACUGUUACAUCAGGUAUUUCAUUGCGAUGACGACGGCUGUUGCAAAGUACCAUGACGUCUGUCGAGCACACGGUCUCCCUCUCUAUCUGCUCGCGCCCCCCCACCUGCUCCUGCGUUCUUCGUCACCUAUCGCGGAGAAAUGCGCUGACCGCCUGACACAACUCCUUACCGACGAGGUGUCAAGCGGCUGCGCACAACUGAAAGGAGAGGAAAACAACGAGCAAAGAAGCCGUGAAAAAGAGCGGCGCAGAGAGCAAGGUGCGACGUCGACUGCAGAGGCCACAGACGGACAGCGGGAAGCGCAUGCGAAGCCGACAAGCAACGGAGAAUGGGUGCUGAAACCCGGCGGAGACAAAACGGAAAAUGGACUUGAGAGCCAGCGCGAGGUUUUUCCUGCGAGGUGCUCUCCCACAUCCUCGCUUCUCUUUCUCCCGGCGCCAUGUUUUCGCCACUCUUCGGAACGAAAGCGAAGUGACCCGUUCUUUCUACGAAUGCCCUGCUGCGCAGUUCUGAGGUCCCUGAGGCUCUCUCGGACCUGCGCAUCUUUGCCGCUCCUCUCGCCGUCGGCUUCCCCAUCCUCGGCGCCUCCAGGGUUCGGCUUAUAUUCGGGGUCAAGUUCCCUCGGAGACGACGACGGCGUCUCGCAAUCUAAUGGGUCCUCGAAGCGGAGACGCGUGUACAGGACCGAGACAGGAACAGAGGAGACAGGGACCGAUGAAAAAGAGGGGACAGAGAAAAGGAAAGAGACACAGGAGACAGGCAAGAUGUGUGACGACGCAGACCUUCUGUCGCGUCCUCUUGCACCGCCACAGUGUGUGGCAGUGACGAUGGACAGCUUAGCAGACAGGGAAGAUCCCCUGCUUCCGCUUCAAGAAUUUCGAGAGAAUGCGGAAGCCGGGAAAGGCAUUGACAGCGCGGUCAACCUGGAAAUCAUGGCUGACUUCGCGAAUCAGUGGAUCGGCGGAGGCGCUCUCUACAGAGGUUGUGUGCAAGAGGAAAUCUUUUUCGCGACGCAUCCGGAGCUUCUUCUUCUUCGGCUGUUCCAGCAGCGCCUGGCCAUCAAUGAGAGCUGCGCCAUGAGCGGCGCAAUGCAAUUUUCUCGCUACUCAGGCUACGCUGACAGUUUCACCUGUCUGUUCAAUUCUACACAGCCACACUCUCUAGAAAAGCAACACCCAAGCUGUGUCGUCUCUCCCCUCCGAAUCCCCCAGCCUACUUGGCCGUGGCGAACCUCUCCACAUUCGUCUUCUCUUUCUCCUGCGUCUCUUUCGUCUCCUCGCGCUGACGAGCCUUGCGGCUCGCAGGGGCAUGACGGUGAGACAGCUCCGGUGGCAAGGGAGAGGACGCGAGACGACGAGGCAGAAGCGACACUGCUGGAGGGAGACAGCGAGGAGACACAGGGAGUCGAGGACGUGGAUGCGCGUCCCCUGCUUGUCUUUCUGCACGCUGGAAACUUCACGGAGCCUCCAGGCAGAGGCACUCAGAAAAAAACAGAGGGAAAACAAGAACAAGAAGAGACGCUGGACGACGGAGAAGGCCGCGACUCCGACAGCGGAAAGAAGGACAGAGACAACAGUGACAAACGUGACGUUGGAGGGGAAACGCAGCGAAUGCGGAGCGACCGUGGGUUGCCCAAGAGAGUUGUGGGGAUCGAGGUCUGUUCGUUUUUGACAGCGCUGGAUGCCCAGAGGUACGCAGGAGUGGCGGGCGCCGGGGGCGGUGAGGCACUGAUGCCAUCUCGGCAAUUUGAAGCCCCUCAAAUGCUUCGAGAAGUCAACAAAGUCAUCGCCGCUCUCUCGUUGUCUCCUGAGGAAGACGCCAAGUACGCAGCUUAUCUCCAGUGGGCAGCAGCGCUUCCGGGGAGUGUCAGCACACCCGACGGGGCAUUGAGGCAAAACGAAGAACGAGACCGCUUCUCCGCCAGCGAAGCGACACUGGCACCAGGCCCUCAUCAAGGCCUCGUUAAGCGCCCAUUCGCGACAGGCAACUGGGGCUGUGGGGUGUUCAAGGGAGACCCUCAGUUGAAGUUUUUGCUUCAGUGGCUCGCGGCGAGUCUCGUCGGUCGGCGCCUGAUCUACCACGCGCACAGUCGUCCCGAACUCGUGGGGUCUGCAUCCCGCUCACAACGAGGAGGAACGGUGACAGAACAAGACGCGUCGCCCCGAGGGGAGUUCCGAGAACCCUUUCUCCUCCAGUCUCUCGCUGACCUUCUGAUCAAGAAAGAGUGGACUGUGGGCAAGCUGUGGAGAUCCCUCGUAAAGGGAUCUCUCGCCGGCAACGCCCUCAGCAAAGGCCCCUUCAACUAUAUCGGUCAACUCGCUCUCGGAGAGUCGACGCCGCAAAGUCUUUGAUUUACACUCUUUUUUUCUCCCUCCUGGACUCUCCUCCUCCGUCGGUGUCUCCCGGUCUUCCUGUUCUCUCCACGCUUAUCUUCAGUCGUUCCUUUGCGUUGGUUGUAUCUUCACUUCUGCCUCUCUUGCCUGUUGCUUCUCUCCGCUCCUUCCCUCUCUCUUCUCUUCGUCUUCC